AUGGGCCUCUUCGGCGACUUGCCUCCGCCGUCGAAUGCUCCCAAGCCACCGACUCGCGCGAACCCUCCGUCGUCAACGUCAACUCCGUCUAGCAAACCGUCAACUCCUGCUGAACGGCCCGCGGCCGUUGCGCCAAAACCGUCUGCACUCAAGUCGUCACUCAAAGGGCGGGCGGACGCCAGGGGGGAAGAGGGGACGGGGAAUGUCAGCGCGGGGGACGCGGGUGGGGGGUCGGAGGAAGGCGGAAAGACCAGGAAGCGCGUGGGGAUGGCUGGGGCGGACGAGGCAGAUGGCGACGCCCCCCCGCGCCGGCGGGUGCGCUUCAACACGUUUGCUGAGGUGGCAGAGGACAAGGUGACGUCAGCAAUCGCCAAGAUCGCCGCCCACAUCGGCACGCCGACCAAGUUCAAGAAGGCGGCCGGCCUCGCUCGGCAGCUUCUGGAGGGCGGCGCACUGAACAGUGGAAUGAACAGUGCAGCAAACAGUGCAGUGGAGAGCGGUGGUCAUGCGGGUCGUUUCUUUGCAGUGCUGGAGGCGGCAAUGGGGCUGCUGCGGAGGGAAGGCGGAGGGGGGGCGGGAGGCAUGGUGGUGGGGGUUGCGGGGGACGUUGGGGGCGAGUAUGCUGCGCUGAUCAGCGCUGCUGUGGAGAGAACAGAGUGGGGGGCGCUGGGCAAGGGCAUAUGGGGCAGUGGGGGGCGCUGGGCAAGGGCAUAUGGGGCAGUGGGGGGCGCUGGGCAAGGGCAUAUGGGGCAGUGGGGGGCGCUGGGCAAGGGCAUAUGGGGCAGUGGGGGGCGCUGGGCAAGGGCAUAUGGGGCAGUGGGGGGCGCUGGGCAAGGGCAUAUGGGGCAGUGGGGGGCGCUGGGCAAGGGCAUAUGGGGCAGUGGGGGGCGCUGGGCAAGGGCAUAUGGGGCAGUGGGGGGCGCUGGGCACGGGCAUAUGGGGCAGUGGGGGGCGCUGGGCAAGGGCAUAUGGGGCAGUGGGGGGCGCUGGGCAAGGGCAUAUGGGGCAGUGGGGGGCGCUUGGCAAGGGCAUAUGGGGCAGUGGGGGGCGCUGGGCAAGGGCAUAUGGGGCAGUGGGGGGCGCUGGGCAAGGGCAUAUGGGGCAGUGGGGGGCGCUGGGCAAGGGCAUAUGGGGCAGUGGGGGGCGCUGGGCAAGGGCAUAUGGGGCAGUGGGGGGCGCUGGGCAAGGGCAUAUGGGGCAGUGGGGGGCGCUGGGCAAGGGCAUAUGGGGCAGUGGGGGGCGCUGGGCAAGGGCAUAUGGGGCAGUGGGGGGCGCUGGGCAAGGGCAUAUGGGGCAGUGGGGGGCGCUGGGCACGGGCAUAUGGGGCAGUGGGGGGCGCUGGGCAAGGGCAUAUGGGGCAGUGGGGGGCGCUGGGCAAGGGCAUAUGGGGCAGUGGGGGGCGCUUGGCAAGGGCAUAUGGGGCAGUGGGGGGCGCUGGGCAAGGGCAUAUGGGGCAGUGGGGGGCGCUGGGCAAGGGCAUAUGGGGCAGUGGGGGGCGCUGGGCAAGGGCAUAUGGGGCAGUGGGGGGCGCUGGGCAAGGGCAUAUGGGGCAGUGGGGGGCGCUGGGCAAGGGCAUAUGGGGCAGUGGGGGGCGCUGGGCAAGGGCAUAUGGGGCAGUGGGGGGCGCUGGGCAAGGGCAUAUGGGGCAGUGGGGGGCGCUGGGCAAGGGCAUAUGGGGCAGUGGGGGGCGCUGGGCAAGGGCAUAUGGGGCAGUGGGGGGCGCUGGGCAAGGGCAUAUGGGGCAGUGGGGGGCGCUUGGCAAGGGCAUAUGGGGCAGUGGGGGGCGCUGGGCAAGGGCAUAUGGGGCAGUGGGGGGCGCUGGGCAAGGGCAUAUGGGGCAGUGGGGGGCGCUGGGCAAGGGCAUAUGGGGCAGUGGGGGGCGCUGGGCAAGGGCAUAUGGGGCAGUGGGGGGCGCUGGGCAAGGGCAUAUGGGGCAGUGGGGGGCGCUGGGCAAGGGCAUAUGGGGCAGUGGGGGGCGCUGGGCAAGGGCAUAUGGGGCAGUGUGGGGCGCUGGGCAAGGGCAUAUGGGGCAGUGGGGGGCGCUGGGCAAGGGCAUAUGGGGCAGUGGGGGGCGCUGGGCAAGGGCAUAUGGGGCAGUGGGGGGCGCUGGGCAAGGGCAUAUGGGGCAGUGGGGGGCGCUGGGCAAGGGCAUAUGGGGCAGUGGGGGGCGCUUGGCAAGGGCAUAUGGGGCAGUGGGGGGCGCUUGGCAAGGGCAUAUGGGGCAGUGGGGGGCGCUGGGCAAGGGCAUAUGGGGCAGUGGGGGGCGCUGGGCAAGGGCAUAUGGGGCAGUGGGGGGCGCUGGGAUUCAUUAUCCUUGGCGCUGCUGUGGAGAGAACAGAGUUGUUUUUGCCAUGGCAGCAGCAGCAGGUGGACGUGUGGGGGCUGCGCACUGUGCUCACCCACUCGCUGCGCACCGAUGACAGCUUCCAGGUGUGGGGGCUGCGCACCGCGCUCAACCACUCGCUGCGCACCGAUGACAGCUUCCAGGUGGGGGGGUGUGGGCGGGUGCUGAGGGGCAACAGCUUUUAUUUGGGGAGGGGUGGGGGGGCAGGUGGGAAGAGAUGGUGGGGGAAUCGAGUGCAACAGGAGGUGGAGAGACAGCCAGAGGCAGCAGAGGAGGAUGAGAGGGAGAGAAGUCUUGGCUGCCGUGUCUCGAGUGCAGCAGGAGGUGGGGCGAUUGCCAGAGGCACUCAAAGCUCCCGUGCUCCCCUUUCUCGCUUCCUCCCUCACCCCCCCCCUCCGCCUCCUCUUAACCUCCCCUCUCCCUCCCAGUUUUCCAAGGCCGUGUCUCGAGUGCAGCAGGAGGUGGAGCGAUUGCCAGAAGCAGCAGAGGAGGAUGAGCGGUACGAGGCGGGGAUGUUUGCAGGGGUGGCGAUGCAGGUGCAGGGCAGAGAUGGGGGUGUGGACGGGGAUGAAGAGGGAGAGAAGGGGGGAAGGAAGGGGGAAGAGAAAGGGGUAGAGAAGGGGGGAGCGAAGGAGGAUGAGAUUGCGGAAAGCGGGGGAAGAAAGCCUCAAGAGAGGAGGGAUGGGGGAGAAGAUGGUGGGGAAGAGAGACGGGAAGACAAGAAGGAAAAAGGAGGCGAUGAUGCAAAUGCUGCAGAUUCUGGCGCAGACCCCUUUGGGCUUGAUGCUAUGUUGGGUCUCAGUGGGGAGAAUGUAGGCGGGACAGCAGAUGGUGGGCAGGUGGGAGAGGAGGAGGAGGAGGAGGAGGAAGAGGAGGAGGAAGAGGAGGAGGAUCCGUUUGGGGCGCAGACAGCCAUUGACAUGCUGGCGCAGCACGCAUACGACCACCGGCGGCGAUUCACCGGGCGGCAGCGGGCGGCAAUCGAGGCGCUGUGGACGAGUGUGAGGCAGCAGCAGCACGAGCGCAAGCACGGGGCGGGCAGGGGCGGCACUGGCCGGCUGGAUGUGACUGCUUUCGAGCGGCUGCAGCGGCAUUAUGAGGGCGAGGCGAUUAGUAUCAGGAAGGGAGUUGGGGGCGGUGGCGGUAGGAGCACAGUGACUUGGCUGGGGUGA